AAAAUCGGAACUUUACCAGCUUUCCACAAUGACGUUGCUGUCGGUGCUACUGUUUGGCGUACUUCUUCUUUGUGGUGCACACACCGUGUUCGGCUGUUCUUGUGCGCCUUCACCUCCGCAUCGCCAACUGCUUUACUGUAACAACGAUAUCGUUUUCAUCGGAAAAAUUAGAGAAGUCCUCCCUGCAGCCUCAAUGGACGACGAUCACAUAUAUCACGUUAAAGUGAGGAGGGUCUUCAAAGGAAAUAUUAGUGGUGUUAUAACAGUGAAGACUCCCAACAAUGGCGGGAUGUGUGGCAUCACCGGGCUUGUGAAGAAAGAAAAGUACCUGAUGACAGCCAAAAGCAAUAAUGACGGUACCUACCAAAUACAGCUUUGCCAAAGUCUUAUCCUGAACAAGAACUCCGUAACAAACGAAGUCAAACGAAAGUAUAAUUCCAACCGAAGAUACAGUUUCCCAGGAUUGAACGACAUCAACUGUAAAACGUGCAAGAUAGUGUACUGCGGGGAAUCAAAGGAUGGAUGUGGCUCUAAUCGGCCUACUACAUGUACGUAUUACGGUGACUAUACUAAGAUCCAGUGCUUUAACAAGCUAAGAUGUAUACCCUCCGCGUCCGGGAAAUCGUGCAGGUGGUCAUCCCCAGUGUGUGGAAGACCCGGAGAUAUCACAAUUGGCUAAUCAGUCUAGUAAAUAAAAAAUCCUGA